CAUCCUUGGACCAUCCCGUCCUCGACGCUACUUGGCUUCUCCUCUACUCGCAGCCACCUCCUUCUUAAACGAAAUGGCUGAUCCAGGCACUUGUGUCGACUGUAUUCCGCAACCUGGGGAUGGAGGCGUUGCAGAGCCGCAAAUACUGAAGCAGCAUGACCCCUUGGACCCAACCACAUUCGUGCCUCCUACGCCUCUCCCGGGCCCAAGCAUAAUUAUCGAGUUCUGCGACCGCUGUCGCUGGCUUCACCGAGCAACGUGGGUAUCCACCGAGCUCUUUCUGACGUUCCCGACGCCGGCUCUGAGGGCCAUAACCAUCCUCCCCUUGAACUCUGAGGAAACGGGAGGCCGCUUCCGCGUAUGGCUGUUCUUGGAUGGCCAACCGCCGAGCCUCGUUUGGGACAGGAAGAUCGAGGGCGGGUUCCCAGAGCUCAAAGUGCUUAAGCAGCGCAUCCGCGAUCGCAUCCAGCCGGGCAAGUCAUUGGGACACUCCGACAAGCAUAGUACUGAACAGAAGUCGUGAAAGCAUCAAAUGGCGGUUUAGCGAGAAGGAUCCCAACAUUGUAACACUUCCAUACAGUGACCCUUAGAUGCAUCCACACGAAUGGUCGUUAUGCAUGCACAAGGAUGGCACUCGCGGUGAAACCUGC